AUGGCCAUUCCACAGACCUCCGACCCCAUUUCGUACAUUGUGUACCGCGACAUUUCCCCCGGAGAACCAUUCGACCCAACGAGCCCUCUUCUCUUCUUCCCACCUAAGGGAUCCGACGAGCUAUUCGACGCCUUGCGAGUUGCCUUCCCUCAAGUCAAGACCCAUUCGGAGCGCUUGCGAGAUGCUAUCAUUCAGUAUCUGAUCCAAGAGCGUCGACAGGAGGAAUUUCAGCUCACGCACCCUUCUCCCGCGACCACAAUGAACGACAUUCCCGCUGCUUGGCCAUCGCUUACUGAAUCGUCUACGUUUUCCGGAUCUGCGUCCUUGUUCCAGAGUCCAGCGACAAUGGACAUUGGAACUCCGGCAUCCUUCUCAUAUUCUGCUCAGAACCAGGCGCGAGCCCCACAGAUGACUAGACAAGCUUCUGUGGCCACAUCUCCCGAACAGAGUUCACCAUCUCUGGACCAGAUGACUGGCGUCUUCAGUCUUUCGAACUCCUUGCAGCCCAAGCAGAGAGUCCGGAGAAAGAUGACUGAGGCGGAAAAGGCUGAGUACCGGAAGCGACGAAUUGUGAAGGCCUGCAGCAAGUGCGCGGAGAGGAAGCGAAAGUGCCCUCACAACCAGGCGCAGAUGGAGACCGUAACUACAUCGAACAAGUCGAGCUCGCGCGUCAGCAAGUCCACGUCGCCCAAGUCUUCGUCCAACUCUUCCAAUUCGACCACCCCUCCCGCAGCUCAACAGCAGCCAUCUUUCGACGCAUCUAUGCUCUCCGUCGACAAUCUCGACUUUGAUGAUUUCGGAACUGCCUUCAUCCCCACUCAGGACUUCACCAUGUUUGAAGAUCCGAUGGCGGACUUGGACGUGAACAACUUUACCUUCGACAGCUUUACCCACGGCAACGACCUUUUCACGCCGGACGUCUCACCGCUUCAACAGACGUGGCCUCUUGAUGGCCAGACAGGAGACUCAGCACUGCUUAGUAGUCUACCUGAUAAUGUCGCUUUCAACCAAUACCAUUCCCGACAAGCGAGCGGCCAGCACGUGCCUAGACAAGAUACCAGGUUCGAAGACUUUGCUACCGCAGCAAACACGCUACAGACGUGGGAGAGUCACUUUACUGGAGAGAGCUUCCUUCCCAACGGCCGCGACAUAGACGGUGAUGACGGGGUACUACGAGGACGUUACCUACAACCCGGACUACACGAUGGGCACGCGGCCCAUGUACACGACGUGGAAAGCAGAGGCUUGAACGUACUAGAUCCGAGCUGGAGUAGGCCACAAGAGCCGAUGAGACAGCCUUCACUGCCUCAAACAGUCCUGAGGUUGAUAGGCACGCAGAAAGCGCUGAGCGCAUUCUUGCGCCUUCUCGGUGACCGAUCAUCGAUGACGAGCAUAUCAAUCGAGAUUGAUAGGUCUGCAAACACUCUGAGAUCUCGAAAGGCGUGGCUACCAGUGCCGUCAGGCUCCAGCCGCCUGCCACCACGGGACCCACGAGACUCUCGCAUAACAACGAAUGCCCCGCAGCCGGUAGUAUAUGAACAUGGGACGUACGAUCAGCGCAGUAGUACGCCUCGACUACCGGAUUCUGGCAGGCUAGAAGAAAACCCUGGAGGCGUCCGCGCUCGUGCACGCCCUGAACUACGCCCCACAUCUACCUCCGUGUCGGCACCACAAGGAUCGCUGCAGCAAUCUAUAGCUCCCGAAGGCUGGCCCACUUCGUCGACAGCACCUGCCGAAGAACUUCGCAAUGUCCCAUCGUCGUCCUUGCGACAACAGGGACGCACUCAAACGGCGAUACAACACCGCCAUCCGGACCCGUCACUUGGCGAAGGCAUACCAGAGCACGUCAAUCCUUCCGUCGAGCUAUACAUGGCUCGUAAGCGGAUCUCCAUUGGCUUAGCGACGAACUCGCGCCGCAACAUCAAUGGCCAAAUGCCUCGCGUCAGCACGAUGUCUGAGGUCUCCAUCUCCGCUCCGGAUCAUACAGCCAGCAGCAGAAGCAUAUCCUCCACAUCUUCGACUGUCAACGGCGGUGCGUACCCGCGGCAGGUCGAAGGAAUUGCUCGAACAGCUGCUAUCUCCGGCGCCAUCUCGACGGCUACUAUGCGCUUUGAAGGCCCGUCGAACGACAACACAUCCAGCGUCGCCGUGCGAAACUGCUCCACCGCCCGGAAUGGCGUCCACGACGGCCGAACAUCGAAUGCGAACAACGACAUACAUGGCCGCCACUCAGAAGCCGAAAUCCAGCAGCCUGGACGCAAGCGUGACACGAACCGCUUCAAAGACCACCAUGGCAGAGAUCCCAGCUGGGAACUGCUUGUUGGACUCGUCAUCGCACUACUUCUGUCAGUGGUUUGGUGCGGUGCCGUCACGCAUUCUUCCAUGUACUUGCUCGCGCUCUCUGCCCUCUGUGCUGAGGGUAGCGUGCAGGAACAGGACGGCGACGGCCUUGAGGCUGUGCAGUGCACGGGAAAGAACAGUUGGUGGUUGACUGCCUACCCUUUCGCUUUUGCUAGAGGUUUAGCAGCAAAGAAGACUGGAAUCGGCAAAGCCGCAGAUUGGUCGAUGUAUCCUCAUGGUGUUUCGCCUUUGCUGCGUUCCUCCGUUUGA